CCUCCAUCCCCGCAAGAUGUCUUGCUACGACCUGUGCCCCACCACCAGCUGCGGCAUCGCCCGUCCCCAGCCCGUCGCUGACAGCUGCAACGAGCCGUGUGUCCGGCAGUGCCCUGACUCCACGACCGUGAUCCAGCCGCCCCCCGUGGUCGUCACCCUCCCCGGCCCCAUCCUCAGCUCCUUCCCCCAGGAUUCAGCUGUGGGCUCCUCCGGAGCUCCAGUCCUUGCAGGCUCCCUGGGCUAUGGGGGCUCCUCCCUGGGCUAUGGGGGUCUGUAUGGCUAUGGGGGCUCCUCCCUGGGCUAUGGGGGCCUCUAUGGCUAUGGGGGUCUGUACGGCUAUGGGGGUCUGUACGGCUAUGGGGGCUCCCUGGGCUAUGGGGGCCUCUAUGGCUGUGGGAGCUCCCUGGGUUACAGGGGUCUGUACGGCUAUGGAAGAUCCUACGGGGCUGGAUACUGCAGCCCUUACUCCUACCGGUACAGCAGGUACCUCCGGGGAAGCUGCGGGCCGUGCUAAACCCUGCACAAAUAGCUCCUGAGCGAGGAACAGCCGGCAAGAGAGAUGCAAUGGGUUUGUGGCUGAAGAGCUCUGAGCUUCUACUGCUCUGACUCAAGACCGUGGAGCUGUGCCCCUUCGGCUCCUGUGAAAUUUCUCCUUUUAAAUUCUUCUUUUGGUUUCUGACCUAAUGCUUCUCUCCUCACAUUUCCCAGCUGCCUGGGGAAACAUGUAACAAAAUUGUUCAAUGUAGCUCCUACUUUUCUAAACCAACAUCUAAGACAUAGGAAGAAAGAUCAUCUAUGAAUGUUUACCCGAAGAGCAGUUUCGUACUUCUUGGAAACUCUGGAAAUGUAUUCUUUUCUGGUUAUCAUUAAAAGUU